UGUUAGAUGUGGUGCCUCUGACUCAUUGCAAGAAUGUCAAAUAGCUGCUUUGGUAUUUGUUAUAAUUCAGACAUUGCGUUGCGUUAGUGUUUUGGGCUAGUUGAUCUCUAAAAUGUCCUAAAUAGUCCUCUUUAUCAUCAUCAUCAUCAUCAUUGCUGAACUUCUGGAUUAAUACAGUAUGGAUCUUCUGUCUGUGCUGCUGCCAUCAUAGUGGACAUUGAGCAGGUCAGUUCACUGGGCUCGGAGGGGGAGGAUGGUGAUGAGGUGGGUUUGUGGAGCCUAGAGGUCCAGGACUACCAGGCCAGCCUGGACAAGACCAGUCUGACCCCCAGCGAGGGAGAGGGGGACGGGGAGGGGACCGAGCCAGAAGGCAGCCCCAGCCCUAGGGGCCACUCAACUCAGCCCCACAACCUAAGCCUCAGCCCCAGCCCCAGAGGGGGCCACUGGGAAGAGGAGGCUGAGGAGGAGGGCCCUGGGAGUGGGCUAACCAUGGAGGACAUGGAUGGCGAGAAGGAGCAUGGAUCACUCAAGACCUAUACAGGUCAGAGGUCAGACAGUCAGGCCCUGGAGGACAUGGCCCACUAUGACUUCCUGGUGCAGCUGAGAAAGGCAUCCUCCCACCAACCUGCCUCCCACCACUACCACCAGCCCCACCAGGCCCCUAAUGGCAGCGCUACAGCCCCAGCCAUGUAUCACCCUGGCAGCCUGAACCUCCACGAUGACCCCCUUCCCAUCUGGUCUCCUGGGGCGCAGCACUCACCUGAGAGACCAGAUGGCGUCCCUCUGAGUCCUGAUGCUAUGAGGAACCUUCAGGCGUGUCCUUUCUGCCAGCGCACCUACCACCGCGGUGCGUCUCUACGCGAGCACAUCAAGUUCUGCCACGAGCGGGACGGGGGGCACAUGGUGUGCCCGGUCUGUGGGUACACUGCCCACUAUAGGGCACAGAUAGAACGACACAUGGCACUGCACAGUCAGGAAGAGGAUAAGCACCCUGGGUCUGACCAUGGCAUAGAGAGCAGGAAGUUCAAGUGUCUUCAGUGUGGAAAAGCCUUCAAGUACAAACACCAUCUCAAAGAGCACCUCCGCAUCCACAGUGGUGAGAAACCGUAUGAGUGCUCCAAUUGCAAGAAGCGUUUCUCUCACUCCGGCUCCUACAGCUCACACCUCAGCAGUAAGAAGUGCCUGACCGGAGGAGGAGGAGGAGAAGGCAGCGGAGGAGGAGGAGGGGGGAGCUAUAACAACGGACAUGGCCACCAUGGGGCUUACUACUCCUCCCCUGCGUCGCCCUCUGCAGGUAGUGGAAGGAACAGAAGUGGGAUGGGCUCUCCCUACCCUCCCCACAACCAGGAGGGACGUCCUCCAAUGGGGUUAGAGAGGAACCUGUACCUCACUGGAGACCAUGGUACGGGUCUCCUCCGGGGCCAGGAGCUGGGCAGGGAGAUGGGCCGGCGGUGGGACCCCGCGCCGGAGCGCUUUCUCCGGGCCAACGUGUUCAAGGGGACCACCCUGCUGCCGUAUCUCCAUGCCAGCUCUGGGGGAAAGUUUGAGAAGAUGCUGCAGGAGAUGCUGCACAGGGAGGAGGGGGGGUCUGUCUCAGCCAGGGAGGAGGGGGGACUGGGGGUUCACAAUGGAGGGAGAGACGGGAUGGCAUCGCCGGAGGGUCCGUUGAAACUAAAACGCGACCGUGCUGGCUCGGGUGAGCCCCAGGGGGUAGGUGGAGGGGUAACAUGUCGUUGGUGCUCCCAGCUCUUUCCCAGCCCCGCCAUCUUACUCCAGCACGAGCGCUACCUCUGUAAGAUUUACCGGAAGGCCAUGGAGGUGUCUGAGGAUCCUCAAAGAAAAAACCACCUCUCUCCCUACUACUUCUCCACCAGACCCCCUCUCCACCCACCACCACCAGAUAACCACAAACCCCCAAUGAUGACCAACGGUUUCCCUAAAGACAAGUCUCCUCUCCAGAGACCCAGCUGGAACUCUGUCCCUCAGCAGCUGCUGGUCGCCAUGCACUCCCCCCUCCAGCCCAGCCCAGACUCACUUGCCAUGAGGUCCUAUUGGUCCAGCCAGGAGAGUGGCGGCAGCCCUGGCCAACCAGCACCAACCAGCCCUGCUACAGACAUGUCAUCCCCUCCCCCAUUGGGGCGAAGACGGGUCCCCUCUUCAGGGUUCGGCUCGCACCUCUGCCUGGACCUGUCCACUGCCAUCCUCGCCACUCCUGCAAGCCGAGUCGCCCCCCAGGGAAGGACCCACCGGUCGGGUAGCUCCGAGAAUGACCAACCCCUGGAUCUCUCCCUCCCCAAGCCCCAGGAGGGGAAAGCCCUAGAGGACAGCAAGCCCUGUAAAGGACACCCUCACCGGGGAGAGAAGAGAGAGAAGACCCAGAGAGACCCAGCAGAGAACCAGCACCACCGGAGGCUGAGUCUCAGUCUCAGUCCACCUCCUCACCAGCAUCCUGCAGUCUACAGCGGCGCUCCUAUGUUUGGGGGUUCCAUCUACAGUGUCUACCCUCUGUUUAACCCCAUGAUGCCUGCUGGGCUAGCUGGCUCAGGGCAUGAAGGGGUCCCCUCCCUGCCACUCAGCCGUCCAGCUAGCAACCAGGGAUUCCUCUCACCCAUGACCUACAUGAUGGAGUCAGACACAGACGCUGUGCUGAAGAGGAUCCACCAGGAGAGUUUAAUGGGUGAGGUGAUGGGCCGUGGGGAUCUGGACUACCUCUCUCUGAUGGAGGAGGGAGGAGAGGGCGAGGGGGGACCAGGGAGGAAGAGACUAAAGAAGACAGACGAAGGCCUGUACGCUUGUGACAUCUGUGACAAAACCUUCCAGAAGAGCAGCUCUCUGCUCCGACACAAGUACGAGCACACAGGUAAGCGUCCUCACGAGUGCAAGAUCUGCAAGAAGGCCUUCAAGCACAAGCACCAUCUAAUUGAACACAGCCGCCUGCACUCUGGAGAGAAGCCCUACCAGUGUGACAAGUGUGGCAAGCGCUUCUCCCACUCCGGCUCCUACUCCCAACACAUGAACCAUCGGUAUGCCUACUGCAGCCUGCACCAGGAUCCGGAGGAGGGUGAGGAGCUUUCUCUUACCACAGGAGGGUCCACCGAUCUGGGCCACAUGGCCGGGGACACCCCCCUUUCCAUGGAGGACACCCCAACAUUUUUUAGUGACUCCAGUCUAGACGGGGGGAUAGGAGGGAGAGUAGAUGAAGAAGAGGAGGACGAGACAGACGAGACUAAAGGCGGAAGUAUGAAGGAGGCAUGUAGUUUGUCAAGGUCAAGGUCUGGUGAGGGGUCCCCUGUGGGGAGGGACAGAGAGAGAGAACAGAGGGAGAGAGACAGAGAGCAGGUUGGCAGACACAAUGACGAGAGAGAGAGUGCUGGUCUAGGGACUCACAGACUAGAGACCAACCAUCACUGGGACAAAGACUCAUUGGAACAAAAUGGAGACCAGAACACAGACACAUACAAGCUGAGCCCGGAAGCUCCAGUGUCACAAUGACAACAGUGGGCAAGUGUGCCAAAACAAUGCAUCCAGCUACAUGUACAAAUAAUGAUUAAGAGCUGUGUGAAAAUAUAUUUUAAAAAUGCACUGUUCAAAAUAAAGCAAAACUUAUUCUAUACAGGUACAGUAAGUGACUUCCAAUGCAAAGCCAUAUGAACACAACCAAAAUAAGGACCACAUAAACAGAUAGCAUAACAUAAAGUGCACAGUAAGAGCCAUGGGUAUGAUAUUCACGCUGGUCAGUAUGUGAGAAUCCACAAUAUUGACCACUACAUAUCUGUCACCACAGCUACCAGUUGACCACUUACGACUGGUUUAAGGUAAAGGUAAAGGAGUAUGCACUGCAAGGUGAUGUUGUUCGUGUUGUUCUGUAGGAAGCAGUGUUGUUCAAUGUGUUUCCAGUUGCCUUAUCAGUAUAAUACAUUAUUUUUUAUUUGCCAAUACAUGUAUUCACUUUUGAAGGUUUUUAUAUUAGAUUUUACAUCAUAUUCUCCAAAGACUAAGAUGUC